AAAAAGUAGCGGAACGCUCUCGUCUCGUGGGGUCCGAAGAGAGAGCGAAGUGGCGCGCAUUCUUUUCGCGAAUUUCUUCAAGAAUACUAUGGCAUCAAGGUUCUUACAACAAAAAAGCUCUGAACAAGGUCCAGAUAAAUUUGGAAGAUUUUUUUUGAUACAAGAAGAAGAAUAUUUGUCGAUAAAAAUGUCGGACACUUAGUCAACCAUGUCCGCAGGCUGUUCGGCGAGGACACAGGUACGAAGUUACCAACUUGCCUGGAAAUAAUGGACAAAAAUUUUGAUGCUGUACAGCGAGGCCGAAGCCGCCAAAAAAAUGCAACUCUUAAGGCUGGUUUUUCAACUCUAGACUACAGGUGUUUGCAGGUACUUACCUAGUUAACUACUGAAAAGGAUAAGGAAGCAGGAUGUCGCAUUCGCCCACACCAGUUAUUACGGAAAACUGACACCAAGUUCAUUCAACUUUUGUUUUACGGGUUAAUAUGAGUAAGACUGGCGAACCACUUCAGUAACAGUAUCAGUCAUUUUUACAUGUAGUUUAUCAUUUCGAGCCGGGCGGCAUGGUUGUAUACUCAUACCCCUUGAUGCCAGUCGGUUGCAGAUAAAUGUCCUAACCUAUGCCAAGAAAAAUCGAAUAUAUCAGAAAGUAUUGGAUCAUGUUGAUGUAGACCGCUAAGAUCACUCGGAAGCAACACAAGAACGGAAACCAGGUUUAUCGCGGACUUAUUGCGGAAAAAUCCAGACGGUUCCGCUCAUGCUCGCGACGCUGUUCGGUUAUUAUGCCAAGAAAAAUGGCUACCUGGAUCUAUCGCUGGGACUGACAACAUUCAAUUGCUUUAGCUCGAAUACCGUAGAAAACUUCUCAUCAGCACGAUGGUUCUCCAGCUCUAUGGUCAAUCAAAUUUUUGAGAACUACAAUUGCUUCAAUGAAGUAAGAAAGUACUUACUUAUCGACCCUGCUUCUGCUUGCAACUUCUCCAUCUCUAACCAUGUCGCAGUUGGCGGCACGUCCUGUAUUGCAUUAGCCUUACAGGAGCCGAAUGGCAAGGAGCGGAGGGAACAAGCGAGAACGGAGCCGGAUGCCGAAGCUGAUGAGAGCGAGGGCGAGACUGAUGUCGAUGCUCCACCGGAUCCAUCUUGCGAUGCAGUGGACAGGAAAAGUAGUAUCCCCCAUUCGUUUCUCGAUGCAACAGGCAGUGACGCGACUGGGGGAGGCAAGGUUUUUUGUGCAUCUGGAACGUGCGGACCUUCAUUGUCUACGGAAGAUAGUACAGCUACAUGUUUUUUGUUUCUCGCUUGAAAGAAAUACAUAGAAUUAUUCCAUGUUCUUGCUAAUGGUCAUACUAUACUUUAGCACGGCGCUGCACAAUGCCCAGUGGACGCUUUCAAACUCAAAGCUUUGUAGACUUGAGAAGACGAGGAGUAAACUUUUUCUUCGGACAUCGACAUCAUUGAUUUUGACUGCAUGCAAGGUACCCUUAUAAAUAUUUUUUCAAAUUAACACUCACUAGCGCGAGCUGCGUCUGCAUCCCAGUCAGUAGCAGAAGCGGAAAAUGCACCCAGCCCCACGACACCAAAACUGGAAGCUGCACCUGGAGCGGCACCAGGAGCGGCUGCAUCCCCGUUAGGAGGAGACGCCGCAUCCGCGUCAGCGGCAGAAGGGCAAGCUGCAUCAGCUGCAGCGAACGAAGGGAAAGAUGCUUCUGCGUCACCGGAAUACGAAAAAGCAGCGGAGGAAGGAGUCGUCGGCGACGGUACUCUUCUGUUGAACUUACUAUGCUUGUUAACCCUGAGUAUAUAUGAGGAGCGAAGAAGAUAUUGCGUCCUUUGGUCUUCCUUCCACGUUCCACUUCAUUACUGUUAACCCUACUGAGUCUUCCUUUCGUGUUGCCAACAUUCUCUUGGGCGGUAAUAGAUCACUGUGAUAAGUGUACAGGUCAACGCCUAAACCACUAAGCAAACUGCGCAGUUGACUUAGUGGCUUCAGCGUUAACCUGCAAACUCAUCACACCGAGAAAAAUGGACUUGGAACUGCUAUUUUCUACCACAGGCUAUUGCAAGCCGCCGGCGACGGUAGUGUCAUCCCAUUCGGGUGGGAACGAUGAAUUUUAUUAUUCGGAAAUACCAUUUGACACAUUGAAUAGGGAGAAAAAGUUGAGCGCCGUGGCCACUGGUUCGAUCUUUGGUCAUGUUGACGUUUUGAAAGCGUUACAGACGGAGUCGUUCUACGCCGUCCUCUCAGGAGAGUUUGCAUGCUUAAACCUGGGAAAGUACGAGUCCAAGACAUGUGCACAGAUGAACGCUCCAUCUACUGAGUGCUACGACCAAGAGAUAAACGGCGUCAAGUCGAUUCUAGCUGGUGGGAAAGCUGGGGGCUCUUGGUAUGUUUGGGCAAACCCAAGCUCCGAGUCUGGCAAGAACGUCGAUUUUUGGAGAGAGGAGAAAGUGCCUUGCAAUAUUAUGGAAGAGAAGCAGGAUGCCCAAAAGAAUCCUUAUUUAUAAUAGUGUGACAUUUCGUGUGCACUCGCGUUUAAGUAUUCAUUUUUCUCUUUGUUGUGAUAUAAAUAUUAUAGGUCGUGCUUUACCAUUGUACUACCAAAACUAAGUUGUAGUAAAGAAUACAAAUAGACUCUCGCCUCGAUGGAGCACCUUGAGUUUGAGAAUGCUGGUCGUACUUAGGGUCUUCAGUCACUAUUUACUUAGCCAUUUAAUACGCAAGGUAGGUGUUAGAACAAAGAAAACCUAGAAAACUAGACCCGCAGGGGAGUCAAGUUGGAAUCGGUACCCCCUUCGCUAUUCUAUACCUGCGAAGGUUGGAGCAAGUCCUCUCAGUUUGAUGAUUCUCGUGCAGUUUCAAACUGUGUCAGUUCGUGCCUAUGAGUAUCAAACUACUCGCUACGCUAGGGAUCUCGGUGCUGAUGUUCUCGAUUCCGAUAGUAUUCCACUCCUAUGGUGAUCAUCCUGAUGGCGGUCCCCUUGGUGUGAUCUUGUUGGUCUUCCUAUUGGUGUGAUUCUGAUCCUCUGGCCCUUUGGUUCACGAUCUUGGUGGACCUUUUGCCUGAGAUUCUUGGGCCGUUUCACGUUGUUGAUCUAUCCACUAUCAUCCUGCCCAACAGUAGGGUAGGGGGCGACGGUGGGCUCUUCUAGGUAAUCCGAUGAUGAGCGGCUUCUUUUUGCUCUUAUUGUGGUUGUGAACUCUAACUUUUCAGAAAAGCACAGGGACACUAGCGUUGCUGUACACAAUGUACCUCUAGCUGCUACAGAUCCAAAAAAAUUUUUCGAGGAGCACUGGCCGCAGGAAGCAAUUAAAGAUGGGAAACUCAAGAAAGGGUUUUGCAAAUUGGAGCUAGACACCGCCAACAAUUGCAAGAAACCGAUUUGCGUGGAGGAAAACCAUUGAGGUAAGAACCUCCACGAAGAUGUGGAUUCAUCGAAGAUGUGGAUUUGUUCUCAUGAAUAAGCGAUCAAAAGAAGUGUAGCAUUUGGAGGUUAUUUAUUCUUCUGCGUUUAAGAUAUGAAAGUACUCAAGGGCAAGAUGAAGCGAGUCCUCCUUCACUAUCGUCACUUUCGACAUAUACUCGUCGACAAAACGCCACAGGUAUGAUGGAGGGAGACGGUAUUGGCGGAGAUGGUCGGUGUGGAAAUGGAAUAUGGUUGAACUUACUACAGCAAGUUGCAGCAGCACCUCUUAUUUGUUGAUGCACAAACUAACGUAAUGAAGAUAGGUUUGCUCGUAAGCAAAGACAGAUUAUUUGUAGCGCAUCGUUGAAAUCAAGCUGGAUUUGUAUAGAUGAAGAAACUUGUAGCCGAAAAAUACCCGAUCAUUUUCAAGAAUGAUUUUUCCAAAUGAAGACUUUCAUAAGAACUACUGUUAACAAUGACUUCAACCGAUUUAUCGAAUUUUCAUUUGCGAUGAUUAUGGAGAAAAGGAGGCUGACUGUAAGUCGUGGCUGUCAAAAUGUAGUUUCGCUCGAGAAGUAUGCAGGUUCUCCCUCUCGCUGUCGACGGCAUAGCAAUUCCUAUCGCAUCCUACAUGGAGCCAGAAAUCGCUAUAAGUGUUUCGGAGGAUUCGGUCCCUAUAAAGCGCGUUCUAUCUACAACAGCAGCGUCAUUUCAUA